AUGGUUCACUGGUUACCAUCCCUUGUCCUUGCACUGACAUUCACAGGCCUUUUCACCGGUCUCUCAGCUCGUCGCCAUCUUCUCCAAUCAACACCAGCGACUCAGCCACCGGUUACAACAACGUUCCCUCCUCUUCCCAAAACCACAAUGCCACCAUUUAUGCCUCCUUCUCUUCCUCAACCAAUUCUUCCGCAGCCAACUCUUCCUCAACCCACUGCGUUUCCUCCAUUACCGAGCACGCAGAUACCAACUUUGCCUAACCCAACACAACCCAUUAGUAUCCCAAACUUCCCACAAAUCAACAUUCCUAAUUUCCCAAUUUCUAUUCCAAACAACUUCCCAUUCAAUCUUCCCACUAGCAUUCCUACCAUCCCAUUCUUCACUCCACCACCUUCCAAAUGA